AUGGCAGAGAUCUUUGGUUCGCCUCUCCCUUAUGCUGACCCUCUGUGGUACUCUCGUGGCGUGUCUCCGUACUACAAUGAGAGCCAUAGACAGCUGAGAAAGGACGUCCGCCAGUACGUGGACAACUAUCUUGCUCCACAUUGCGAGCAGUGGGAGAAACAAGGCCACGUGCCCGCAGAGGUAAUUAGGAAGCAUUCAGAACUUGGCUAUACGGCAGUGUCAGUAUUCCCUCUAGACAAAGAAUACGCUCAAGGCAUCCGGCUGCCUGGAGAUAUAUCGUUGGAUAAAUGGGACGCCUUUCACGACUUAAUCUGUAUCGACGAGAUUGUGCGGUGCGGCUAUCUCGGGGUUGUUUGGGGCUUGACAGGGGGAAAUAUUUACGGCGCACCACCUCUCGUCAACUAUGGGACUGCACGACAAAAGCGCCAAUUCCUUCCGGACAUCUUGAGGGGAAAUAUACGUUUCGCCCUCGCUAUCACCGAGCCUGACGCUGGCUCUGAUGUCGCCGGUAUCCAGACAACUGCGAUGAGGAAGGGAAACGUGUAUGUGGUGAAUGGUGCGAAGAAAUGGAUCACCAAUGGCUUGUGGGCAGACUACUGCACGACUGCUGUGCGAACCGGUGGCUCUGGGGCCAGCGGCAUCUCUGUACUAAUAGUUCCCAUGAGAAGCAAGGGCGUCACAUGUCGUCGGAUGGAAAACUCUGGUGUAUCAGCGAGUGGAUCGACAUAUAUUGAAUUUGAUGAAGUGGAAGUGCCAACGGAAAAUCUGCUUGGCUUGGAAAACCAGGGAUUUUCGAUGAUUAUGUCCAAUUUCAACCACGAGCGUCUCUGGCUUGCUUGUGCGAGUCUUCGACUGGCGAGAGUUUGCGCUGAAGAUGCAUUUAGACAUGCUGUCACACGAGAAACAUUUGGCCACAAACUAAUUGAGAGCCCAGUCAUACGCUGGAAGUUCUCAUCUUUCGGUAGACUGCUCAACUCCGCACACGCGCAUAUGGAGGAACUCACAUAUAUGCUACAUACCAUGGACAAAUCAGAGGUCCAGGCAGCACGCUUAGGAGGUCAAUUGGCGAAUCUCAAAGUCCUGGCUGGCCGCAUUUUAGAGCAUGUCAACCGCCAAGCUCAACAAGUGCUAGGAGGGGCGGGGUACAACAAAACUGGUAAAGGAGCCCGGAUCGAACAAAUCAGUCGAGAUCUAAGGCCGCUGGUGGUAGGAGGAGGAAGUGAUGAGAUCUUGUCGGACUUGGCUAUCAGAGAAGAGAUCAAGCGAGCAGGUGUUCCUGCUAAUCUCAGCAGACUUUGA